ACGUAUUUCAAAGUAGUAUUUGCAUUUCUUCUCAUCCGAUACACGUCAAGAGAUCAACGACUACGAGUAUAUGAAAACAGUAAGUUGAAAUAGAAGAUAUGGAACAAGCGAAUUCCAUAAGUUCUACAGAUAAAACAUAUAGUUGUGAGUGGCAACAUUUUUUAAUAAAAAAAAAAAUGAAUGGCAGUAAUUUAUUUUAAACAUAUUCUUUGCAUAAAAAUUCAUAUUUUGUUUAUAACAUAAAUAUUGCUUAAUAUAAUUACGACAAAAUUUGUUUUAAUUUCAAUUUAGUAGCUAAAAAUUAAUGUAUUUUUUAAUAAGGAAAACUUUAACAAACCAAAAGCAAGAAUACCUUCCUGCAAAUAAUCAAAGUAUAUUAUUUUACCUAGGCAAAAAAUCAAGUUCAAGAAUAAAUUUAAAUGAUGCUAUGUUUAUGUCAAUUAAUGAUGAGGUUUUUUCAUACUCGGAUAACGAGUGUUUUCAUGAUGUAUUAGAUUCUAGUCUCUCAUUAAGGAAUGAAGACACAGAAAUCGACAUAUCAGUUGCAACUAAUACAGAAGGAAGCAAACAUAAUUCAAGUAUAUUUGAACACAAUGAUAGCACAAGUCUGUUUUCUUUACCUCGUACAAAAUCUAAUUCAGAUGAUGUAAGCAAUAACCUUAUGAAUGAUUUUUUACAAAAUUCAAGUAAUUUGCAACAUCUACAAGACAUGGGCACUGAAAAAGAUAAUUGCAAGACAAAUAAAGAUGUUUCAUUAAGGACACUAUUAAGGCAGAUGUUUGAUGAAAUUUUAGGAAGACAUGACUCUACAAAACAAUUAGGCAAAACUUAUAUUAACAGACAUUUAAGCAAUGAGUUUUUAUCAAAUAAUAGCAACUUAACAGACAAAUCACACAAUUCUUUUGAAAUAAGUAAUAAUGACCCAGUAUGUCAAACACAAAAAUUUAAUAAUAUGGCGACAAUUUCAAUUAAUAAUAUAAAUAACUACAGUAAAAGUAAAGUUUCAUCUUCAUUUAAUACAUCUUCUUUAGACAGAUUCAAUUCUGAGCAAUUAAUUACAAUAUUGGAGGAUUCCAAUGAAAGUAGUAGCAAUUCAGAACUAAACGAUUCUUAUGAGUACUCUGGGAAAUGUAUAGGAAAAUUAAAACAUUUUUUUCCUCGUAAAAUAGUAAAUAAAUGGAUGAGUAGAAAGAUAUUUACCACCAGUGAUAUAAGUGAGAUAAGUGAUACCACUACCAUGUCUUCGAACAUAUCAACUGAUAUCGAAAUAUUAAGCAAAGAAAUUUUAAAAAAAGCAGAUAAUUUACUUGAAAACAGGAAUGAGAGAUUCGAUGUAAAACAGUCGCCAGUGUGCAAAUUAUGCAGGGUACAUAAAUUAUUUCUAAUUCCUUUCAUAACUAUAACUCCUUCAACUCCUUAAAAGAUUUCUAGAUAAAUAAACCAUUUAAUUUCAAAUUUUAAAAAUA